CUGGGCUCUAAUUCGAGGAAUUUAAAUAUCAGAAUGCUGUCUAAUUCAACGACCAGUGCGUGUGAGGCACGACAGUGACCGUGUUAUGAGUUACGUGCAGAGGAGGACAACGGAAGAAGUGUGGCCAGCCUCACCAGCACUGCAAAAGUGAUAACUUUCUUUGCCAAGACAGAGUACUCCUCGAUCAACUCGGCCAGGUAGUAGAGACCGGCAGCAAGUGAGAGAAGAAAGAAGGCAAGCUGCAAUACCACUGCAACCCAGCUUAUAAGCCACAGGAACAUCCCAGCUUUGUGAAAGAGGCACUGAAGAGUUUAUCUUCUUUGCAUGACCUUAGUUACUAAAUUUCUCUCUAAAUUAGCGACGCGCGCGCCGCUGCUGCUGCCACACACGUACACACCGGUGCAAAAAGGGGUGGGGCUGCAUCGACUGUUUUUUUCCCCUGUGCGCGAUGUCUCUCGUCUCUGUCAGGAAAAAAGGCUACCUCCACAAGCUUCCUGUCAAGGGAUUAGUCAAGAAAUGGCACCGGCGGUGGUUCGUUCUGCACAGCACUACCAUCGAGGGGAUCGUCCGACUCGAGUACUUUGACAACGAGAGCUUCGAGGCGACGGUCAUGGGGAGGCGGACCAUCCCGCUGCGGCAGUGCAGGGACCUGUGCCCGGCCAGCGGCAACAAGACGCAUCCGUACGUGUUCCAGUUCACAACUCCCAUGGGACACCACGUUUUUGCAGCAGAUACGCACACAGACAUGGAGGAGUGGAUGUCUACCAUACAACAGGCGAUCUUGGAAGACAGGCAGAGAAACCGCCGCAAGAAGACACAGUCCAUGAUCCUCCAGAAUGAGUCAGAGAGCGCCCCGCAGCCCAGUCUUAGUGCAUCCGGAACCACCCCAGUUUCUCUCACCAUGAAACACCAGGAACAUGCCGAAGGCAAUCCCUAUGAACCCAGCAACUCAGGUACAUACAGGGUGACUUUGGAGCUGAAUGAGUCGGCCCAGAGACUCAAGUUCACGGCAAUGAUCUACAACCUGGAGAUCUCGCCCGAGCACAUCACACUCAUAGCCGCCGACUCCGGGGCAGACAUUGCUCAGUGGAGCUACCGACAGGUCAGGACCUACGGGAAGACGAGCGGGAAAUUCAACUUUGAGUGUGGGAGACUGGCCAACACGGGGGCGGGGAACUUUGUGUUCAAGACGACGUGUGCCAAGGAGAUCUUUGGAGUGGUUCACCACAACAUCAAGCGCAUACGCAAGGAGAUGGAGGAGGAAGGGCGGCUGAAGAAGGAAGGAGGUAAACAGCAAGGUGCGGGGAUGGUGCCAAAGCAGGCCAGCCUCCCGGAGCAGUCGAAGCCACCAGCACCAAAACAGUCUGCGGCCGAGAGCGUUGACUACAGAGUUCACCAGCCAAUGAAGCCGAUGCCGUACAAACCAAAGAAGAGUAGAAAAGAACCGACUCUUAGUGUGGGCACAUACAGAGAAUUUGGGAAUCCUCCGACAUACGAGGAGAUUGCAGGAGCUGGACCAAUCAAGGAGGAGGAACAGCACCAAGUGGGUGACGAGCAAAAGGUACCUGAAGGCUUGUAUUCUACUGUCGACAAAAGCAAGAAGAAGAAAAAGAAAAUGGCACAAGGUGGAGAUGUGGGCGAAGAGCAAAAGGUACCUGAAGCCUAUUCACCUGUCAACAAGACAAAGGAAAAAGAAGCACAAGAUCUGGUUUCAAAAGUCAGUCAAGAUGAAAAGAAUUCUGGAGCUGAAAAACCAACUGCCAACACCUCUCCUUCAAUGGCAACCAACGAUCCAUUCUUCCUGCCCCUCACCUCAAGUAGCCCAGUCACAGAAGACGACAGUAGAGAGAAAAGCUCAGACAAUCCCUUUCAGCUGGAUCCGUUUCUCUUCUCCCCACAGCCUGGCGCCAACUCCUUCAACCUAGCUCCAGAUGCAGACCCAUUCGCCCUCCCACCCCUGCCAAACAAUGUCGUUAACCUGGGCUCCAAUCUUUUCGACGACCUGGGGCAACUGGACAUCUCCGCCCCCGCCGCCGGAGGAGGGUUAGACACUUUCAAUUUUGACCCCCUUCUUACCAGGCCUGUCCCAUCCACAAACGGGCCCUCCAAUCUGGUACCACUAGCGGGGAACCCAGUCGGAGAUGUCAGCAACCCGAAUUUCGACAUUGAUUUACUAGACGACAGACUGUUUGACACUCUGGCACAGCUCGAAGCUGGAGGAGAUGGAGUUGAGAAGGAGGACCUGGGAAAAGGGGCCACUGCUGGUGGUAAAGGUGUUGGCGGGAGGCCACAAAAGACGCUCAGUAAGCAAGAGUUUGACGACUUGUGGGACGGAAUAUCUGCAGCCAUGCCGGCCAUUGACACCUGAAAACCCCCCCCACCUGUUAGCUACCAAACAUUUUAUACAUGACAUUUUACAUGUGACAUUUUACAAGAUUUCUAUUUUUAUAACCACAACCAAACUUUUUUGUCCUUUUGUUGUCUUUUGUACUGCGAAGAUUAGUAUCGAAACCUCACCCUUUUAGCUGUCUUGGGAACCCUACAUGGGAUAUGUUAAUGUUAAUGUAGUCAUGAAACAGUGUAAAGAAAAGUUUGCCAUA